AUGCGCAUCGAACUGUUCGGACACACAGAAUUACAAGUCCGCUCAAGCAUUCUAAAGGAACAUUCGGACUUUUUCUUCAAAUUCCUCGAUUCGCCCGAAAAGAACCAGUCGGAAGAUUCGGAAUGGCAAUAUGACUGGGUCAGUGAAGUAGAAGAUGAUGGAGAAUGGCAUCUUGUUGCUAAACAAAAUAUGCAAUCAAGUCUCGUCGACAAUGUCCUCAGUGAGGAAAAUGCAGAUCUCCAACCCCUAGCAUUCUGUUUCAUGAUCAAUGCUAUCGAUGCACUCGCUCGCCGAAUCAGCGAAGAACCCGAGCACUUCAUCGAGCUCGCCUACACCUUCCGCAACAAAACUCUUUUCCGCGAAUGCGCCUUCCACAACGCAGGAGACAUCGAGGCCUCACAGCCGGAGCCCUACGGUCUUAUUCUCUACGAUGGACAUUUCCCGUGGGACGUAGACGAAAUCGACGACUCUGACGUUUCCUUGCCUAGCCCGUCGAAAAAGCGGCGAUUAGAAUAA